GCCCGCGGCCGCCGCUCGGAGCCACCGGCCACAGCCGAUUUCCCCAGCGAGGCCGAGGCGCCCCGGAGCCAUGGCCGGCCAGAACUGCGGGGUCACAACCGCGCUGCUCGGGGUCCUGCUGCUGGGUGCCGUGCGCCUGCCGCGCGGAGCGGAAGCUUCUGAGAUUGCCCUGCCACAUGGAAGUGGCAUCACGGUUUUCAUAAAGCCUGGGACCCCACCUCUGCCAGUGAAGCCCUGUUACAUCAUCAGUUCUAAAAGAUAUAAAACCUCGUUGACCAUCAAACCUGGAGAAAAAGAAGUCUUUUCCUUCAGCUGCCACAACCCAGAGAAUCACUUUGUCGUUGAGAUCCAGAAGAAUAUUGACUGCAUGUCAGGCCCCUGUCCGUUUGGGGAGGUCCAGCUUCAGCCCUCCACAUCGGCGCUGCCCACCCUCAACAGAACCUUCAUCUGGGACGUCAAAGCUCACAAGAGCAUUGGUCUAGAGCUGCAGUUCGCCAUCCCUCGCCUGAGGCAGAUCGGGCCAGGGGAGAGCUGUCCGGACGGAGUCACCCACUCCAUCAGCGGCCGCAUUGAUGCCACCGCGGUCAAGAUUGGGACCUUCUGCAGCAACGGCACUGUGUCCCGCAUCAAAAUGCAAGAAGGGGUGAAAAUGGCAUUACACUUGCCCUGGUUCCACAACCGAAACGUCUCCGGCUUCAGCAUCGCAAACCGAUCUUCUAUAAAACGACUGUGCAUCAUCGAAUCUGUGUUUGAGGGUGAAGGCUCGGCAACUCUAAUGUCUGCCAACUACCCAGAUGGCUUCCCGGAGGACGAGCUCAUGACGUGGCAGUUUGUCAUUCCUGCGCACCUGCGGGCGAGCGUCUCCUUCCUUCACUUCAAUGUGUCCAACUGCGAGAAGAAGGAGGAGCGGGUUGAGUACUACAUCCCAGGCUCCACCACCAACCCCGAGGUGUUCAGGCUGGAGGACAAGCAGCCCGGGAACAUGGCUGGGAACUUCAACCUCUCUCUGCAGGGCUGUGACCAAGAUGCCCAAAAUCCAGGGAUCCUCCGGCUGCAAUUUCAAGUUUUGGUCCAACAUCCACAAAAUGAAAGCAACAAAAUCUACCUGGUCGACUUGAGUAACGAGCAAGCCAUGUCGCUCACCAUCGAGCCACGGCCCAUCAAGCUUAGCCGCAAGUUUGUCCCUGGCUGCUUUGUGUGCCUGGAGUCUCGGACCUGCAGCACCAACCUCACCCUGACGUCUGGCUCCAAACACAAGAUCUCCUUCCUUUGUGAUAAUCUGACUCGCCUGUGGAUGAACGCCGAGAAAACCAUAAGCUGCACGGACCACCGGUACUGCCACAGGAGGUCCCACUCCCUCCAGGUGCCUGGGGACAUCCUCCAGCUGCCUGUGCAGCUGCAUGACUUCUCCUGGAAGCUGCUGGUGCCCAAGGACAGGCUGAGCCUGGCACUGGUGCCCACCCAGAAGCUGCAACAGCACACGCAAGAGAAGGCCUGCAACACGAGCUUCAGCUACCUGGUGGCCAGUGCUGUCCCCGGCCAGGACUUUUACUUCGGCUUCUUCUGCCCUGGAGGCUCCAUCGAGCAGAUCCAGGUGAAGCAGAACAUCUCGGUGACCCUCCGCACAUUUGCCCCCAGCUUCCGACAAGAGGCCACCAGGCAGGGCCUGACCGUGUCCUUUAUACCAUUCUUCAAAGAGGAAGGUGUUUUCACAGUGACCCCAGACACAAAAAACAAGGUCUACCUGAGGAGCCCUAACUGGGACCGGGGCCUGCCGUCCCUCACCUCAGUGUCCUGGAACAUCAGCGUACCCAGCAACCAGGUGGCCUGCCUGACCUUCCUCAAGGAGCGGACUGGCGUUGUCUGCCAGACGGGGCGUGCGUUCAUGAUCAUCCAGGAGCAGCGGAGCAAGGUGGAGGAGAUCUUCAGCCUGGAGGACGAGGUGCUUCCCAAGCCAAGCUUUCACCACCACAGCUUCUGGGUCAACAUCUCCAACUGCAGCCCUAGUCUCCACGUGGUUGGCUUGGGCUUCCUCACAGCAUGGUGGCCUCAGCAUGGGCAACCUUCUUACACACUGACUGACCCGCUGCCCCUCAGACAGAAAGUACAAGAAGUUACCAGGCCUCUAAAAGGCCCCAGCACCGGCAAGUCAAGAAGAGUGAAGAAGAAGAAGGGAAAUUGGCUCCUCUUGAUACCUGACUGUCAUCAUCAUCGUGGUCGUGGGAGGUGGCGCCUUACUGCUGUUUGCCCUCGGACUCAUCAUUUGCUUUGUGAAAAAGAAGAAAAAGAAGAAAAACAAAGGCCCACCUGUAGGCAUCUACAAUGGCAACAUCAACACCCAGAUGCCGAUGCAGCCAAAAAAGUGUCAGAAAGGACGAAAGGACAGUGAUUCCCACGUGUAUGCUGUCAUCGAUGACACCAUGGUGUAUGGGCAUCUGCUACAGGAUUCCAACGGCUCCUUCCUGCAGCCAGAGGUGGACACCUAUCGGCCCUUCCAGGGCCCCACAGGAGACUGCCCCCCCUCCCCGCCCCCCAUAUGCUCCAGGGCCCCGACUGCAAAGUUGACCACAGAUGAGCCAUCCCCUGGCUUCCCUGCUGAGUCUGAGACCAAACUAUAUACCUUCUCCCACCCCAACAACGGGAGCACAGACAUUCCCUUGCUGGACACCCAUGAGCCAGAGGAGCCUGGGGAGUAACUUGGACCCAUCCCAAAGACUUUGCCUAAAACAGGGCAUUGAGACACCCUUUAGGGGUCUCAAGCAGAAAUCCUAAAGAGGAAUUAUAUGGAAGGAAGAGCAGGAGGUUUUUCAGGACACCACCGACCUCUGAUUUCCAAGGGGAUUCAUUCCAAUGAUGGGAUGUUGGAAAGUGAUGAAUUCUGACCUGGAUACAAUCGUCACAGUUCAUGUCCUUCUAAACUCGGGUUGGGUUGUAAAUCAGCCCAUAAUGAGAGGGGAGGGCUAUGAGUCACCACAUACAAGGUUGCAACAAGCUCUGGAUUUGGAUUUGGACUUGGACUUGGACUUGGACUUGGACUUGGACCUCUUCAGGGCAACAAUUCCAAUCCCUCGGAGCCCAUCCAAGGUCCUGUUCCCGCUGGAGCCCCCCGGAUGAAAAUGAUAAUGUGCCUUAUUAUUUUUAUUAUUAUUAUUAUUAUUAUUUAUUUGGUGGUCCUGUAUAUUUAAGGAGUCGAAUGCAUAACCACGUAGCUCUUUUUACCUGACAUGGUGACAACUCAUGCGAACUGGUUGGAUGGCUGGGUUUUGACUUCUACCGACCACUAGAUAAACAUGUGCCUGUCCCCUGGAAGGUGGGAAUAAUUUGCAGUCUGUCCAGCCAAAACAGGGUGUGUGUGUUUGAGGGCAUUGAUAAGCGACUUCCUGGUUCUCCUGCUCCGCGUGUGGUUAUCCCACUGCACAGAUUUAUCUUGAGUCCUAGAAGUAAGAAAAAUUUCCUUGAAUUGCUGUGUGGCUGUCCCCGCUCCAGCAAUACUUCGGCAUUUAAAGAGAAAUCUAGAGAGUAUUUUCAAACUCUAGCAAUGUCUAAAAAUACACCAGAGAAUGGCCACGUGUUAGCUCCUUGUUGCUACUGUAACCAAUCACCUCAAACAUGGCAGCUCAACACAACAUAGAUUUCUUAUCUUAGGGUUCUGGAGAGCAGAAGGGCAAAGUGGGUCUCCCUGGGCUAAAAUCGGGGAGUCAGCAGAGCUAUGCUCCUUCUGGAGGCUCUAGGGGAGAAUCGGUUUCCUUGCCUUUUCAAGCUUUUAGAGGCUGCUCACACUCCAUGCCUCUGUUGGCUGGUCACACUGGGUCGCCUGUGCUGCCACGUGACACUGAUGCUCUGCUUCCUUCUCUGCCUUAUAUGGACCUUUCGCUUAUGAAGCCCACUCACUCAAACAAUCCAGGAAAAUCUCCCCAUCUCCAGAUCUGUAAUUUAAUCACACUGAAAAGUCCCUUUUGCCACGUAAGUUAACACAGCCUCAGGUUCUGGGGGAUCAGGACAUGGACAUCCUUGGGGACCCAUGAUUCUGCCUAUCACACCGUCCUGCCGCUGCAAGAGAGACUGGGAAACAACCCAGCCCGCAGGUGUGUUUUGUUUGGCCUGCAGAAUCUUUUUGGAAGAAUUUGUUACUAACAUUUAAAAUUAUACAAUUUUUGCAUAAAAAUCCAGAUCAGGAGAUCUGGCCGUUGCUGGGGCUCACACUGUCACCUGGCGGAAGCUGGUGGGGUGCCUGGUUCCCCAGUUCACCCCAGUCCCCACCACUCCCUCUUGCCUCCCUCACUGAUGCUGAGCAUCUGUGGCUGUUGAUCAGUGCCCCCUCCCCACCCCCGGGGGGUUGCUUUGUUCAUAAUGAAAUGGAAAGUUUAGGACCCGUAUGUGUCUCUUAUCAAAGGAUAAGAUGGGCCUCAAGGCUGGUGUGUGUUUCACGAAAGUUUUUUCUCAUACGCGGCCCACAUCCCUCAUUUAUACAAAUGACCAGCCCAGCUCCCACGAGGCGGAGUGUUUGCCUCUGUGGGCCCUGAUCAAUUCUGGGAGGAGAGGGAUCCUGUUCUGUCUUGUCGGCAUGGUCCAAACGUCAAUGUUUCUGUGGCCAAACCUCCUUUAAAAAAUAAAUGCCCUUCACUGUGUUCAGUGAAUUCACCUUGGAAAAGCACUGCCUAGACUUGCUUGCAUGUGCUACUUUGCCUCCCUGAAAAGGAGUUUUGCAAUCUCCUAAAUGGCGUGUAUUCCAAGGCCUCUUGAACUCUUUCCAGAAGGAAGAGUUUGUUGUUUGGCUGACACCCUGGGUGCAGCCCCUGGCACCUUUCCCUUAUAAAAGGCGGGCUCCUGCCCAGUUACCUUCGGACUCUUGACCCCCUUCCCAUGAAGGGCCAGAGGAGGGCUGGGGCUUCCUCCCCCCAACUGCCAUUGUAUCAUGACUUAAAACCACUGCUGGAGACCUGGCCUCAGUGCUCUGCAUCCCACGGCCACGGAGUGUGGCAGGCCACCCUUGGCCUGGUGUCACACGUUCUGCCCUUACUUACAAGGGCCCCAUGGGGCCAUUUGCUUUUAACCGAGAGCUCCAAACUCCAGGCCCAGUUGCUACCUUCCUGAGACCUCAGGCGAAUUUCAUGUUUUCUGAAGCUAUGCCUCCUGGAGGUGCCAGCCCAACAUACUUCUGACUCUUCUCUUUAAAGCCCAGACCCUACUUAGGUAAAAUACGUCAGGGCCGCUGGAAACCACUUGGACACAUUUGCUGACGCCUACUGUGUGCCCUGCCGCUGGGUCUGUGGACCCCUGGGCUGCCUCCACGCCCGUCCACAAUGCUUGUGGGGAAGCCCAGCUCAUACAGGAUGGGGCUUAAUGCUAUAGUCACUUCGCACAGGAGGGGAAAAGUCUCAGGAAGAGUCAGAGCGGGGGGAAAGCAUAUAAGUCCUUGGGGAAUGUAACCUUGGUCAAUGUUAGAGGACCGGUUUGUGUGGAUCUGAAAUGCGUAACUGGGAAUAAUUUAUUUCGUUGUAGAUACUUUUUAGGUACCAUUUUAUUCAUUUCCUACACUUUUUUAAAUAAACGAA